CAGAGAAAGCCUCUCGCUGAGUUUGCUGAUUCUCAUUGAUCUUCAGCUCAAAGUAUUGAGGUACCAAAGUGCUACCUUUGGGCUGCCAUGUCCUGAACCCCUGCAAGGGCUCAGGGCAGGAGCCAUUGACCAACCAGGUCGAAUCGUACCUUUAGUACCGUGGCUUUGGCGGAGCAUCCUGCCAGAGCUCAGCUGGACCAGGCUGGGAGGGGACGAGCCGAGAGGAGGCUGCUCCGAGAAAGAUGUGCUCUCAGGAGGCAGAUGUCGAUGAUUUCCAGAUGUUUGCAAUGGUCCAGAAAGAGAAGGUUUUUAAUGAGACACUUCUCAGUCACUUCAAGGAAAAGAAAGUCGAGAUAGCAAAUGCAAUCACUAAGCUGUGUCCUUUCCUAGAAAGCCUCAGGGACCGCUCCUUCAUCACAGACAAAAUGUAUGCUAAUUUUCAGGAAGCCUGCAGGAACCAAGUUCCUAUAGAGAAAGUAGUGUACCAUGUCCUUGUCCACCUUGAGAAGAUGUUUGACUGGUCCCUUCUAAGGGUCCUGUUCAGCAGGGUGAACCUGAAGGAGUAUCCUGGUUUAAUAGAAAUUGAAAAGAGCUUUGAAACUGCGUUGUCAAGAGACAGCAAGGAUGGAUUUGCUACUCAGAACAGGCCAAAUAUACUGCAGAACCAAGUAGAUGAAGUAAUUGUGAUCAGCAGUGAUUCAGAAUCCAGUGAUGAGGAACUCCUGGAAGUCUGCCUGGGCACCGAAGGUCACGAUGCAGAUGGACAGGGAGGGUGAGGACUGUGUGCCCUGGGCUCCUGGACGCAGAGCUCGGCUCAAGAUUUCACAGCUGUUUGACGAGGAAUUCUAUUUGGAGGACAUUGAGGAGCCCACACAUUCUCUGCACCCCAACUUUUCUGAUGCUUGUGAAAAUGUGGAGAGGUGGAGCAGUAUUUGCUGACUUGGGGUGUUCGUGUAAUGUCAGAGUAGAAAGAAGAUGCUGUAUUUGUUUUGUUUGUUUUUUUUUUCCUUUCACA